AUGAGUGGCUGGGACUGGGAUGAGUGCCAUCAACGAGCUCUGGCUCUGCAGUGCAGCUACCUUGAAGGCGCCUGCCUCGCGGACUGGGUGCUCCAGUCGCUGAGCAAGGGAAUGCUGCAGGAUUAUGCGGCAACGGCGGUGCUGUUUCAUGCUGCUGCCGAUGACCGGGCCAUAGUGGAGCUCAUGGCGCGGCAGCGCGAGCCCUGCAACGUGGGCAUGCAGAGACGCUACGACCCAAACGUGCUGGAGGCAAAGCUCGGGUACAAGUUCGGUGCCUAUGCGCUGAGCACGAAGGCUCAGCUUAUGCCAAACAUCGCGGUCUACUGCAGGACGCCACUGUACGUUGGCGGCGUGAGCGUCGAUGUUCACGUCAUCAACUCCGUGCCCUACAACUUCGAUGACCCGUCGGAGCCCGACUACCAGCACUUCUUUCCCAUGGAUGAUGACAAGUGGGCCGCACUCGUGCUUCGAAUGAAGCGAGUUUGGUCGACCAUCUUCCAGUGUGCGCGUCAUUUGGGCGGCUUGGUGUCGAGGUUCCUGGGCGGCUAUCCGUAG